AACCACGCCCGAUAAGAUGGGCGUGACAUACACACUUCUUGGCACCCACUUUGCAUUGACCAAUAAUUAUUAUUGGCACAUAUUAAAUCUUGGUUCAGAGUAAACUGCACAUGUGAACAUUAACAGGAUACAAGGCUACCAGAUCUAGUAACACAAAAACAAAGUUUGAAAAUGGUGGUACAUUACCGCAAUCAGAACUACUCUCGCUUGAAGAGAACGGCUCAAGGGUCUGGGCAGUUGUUUACGGACCCUGAGUUCCCUCCCACCAAUGCCUCUCUGUUCCUCAGUGGACAGUCGACUAAAGAGAUUGUUUGGAAGAGGCCAAAGGAAAUCUGCGUUGAUGGUCCCAGUCCUAUGUUAAUUGUCGAUGGGUUGAGCAGUAAUGACUUGAAUCAAGGUACUCUAGGAAACUGCUGGUUUGUGGCUGCUUGCGCUGCGCUGGCUCCGAACAGGGGACUGUGGGAGAAAGUGGUACCUAAUUGGAGAGAGCAGGAAUGGGAUGACAACCACCCAGAAAACUAUGCUGGUAUCUUUCACUUCCAUUUCUACCGCCUCGGUGAGUGGGUGGAUGUGGUGGUGGAUGACCUUCUGCCCACAAUGAAUGGAGAGCUGCUGUACAUGAAGAGCAAGAGCAAGAACGAGUUCUGGAGUGCCCUAUUGGAGAAAGCAUACGCCAAGUUGGCUGGCUGCUACGAGGCCCUUGCUGGGGGUCAGACUGGAGACGCUCUGGUUGACUUCACUGGAGGAGUGAAUGACUCGGUAGACAUUCGUGGGGGAGGGUACAGCGAUGAUGAGGCUAAGCAGCUCAAAUUAUUCCAUCAACUUCUUCAUGGCAUGGAACACCACAAAGCUCUGAUCAGCUGCUCCAUUGCUAUUUCAGAAGGAGAUCCACCAGAAGCUGUCUUGGACUGUGGGCUGGUGAAAGGACACGCCUACACUGUGACUGACAUCAGGGAGAUAAAUAUCAGCUCUGGGAUGAUGAGCUACUUUAAAAAGCAACUGAUCUACAUGAUACGUCUACGCAACCCUUGGGGUGCCAAGGAGUGGAAUGGCCCUUGGAGUGAUGGGUCAGAGGAGUGGCAGCGGGUACCUACAAAAGAGAAAAACCACAUUGGCCUGAAAGUAGAAGAUGAUGGAGAAUUCUGGAUGGAGCUUCAUGACUGGGCCCACUGGUUCACAAACGUCAGCAUCUGUCGCCAGGUCAACACGUCGCUCCUCUCUCUGUCUAAGACCUGGCAUGAGAAGGCGUUCCACGGAGAGUGGAAAGGGAGGAGUGCUGGAGGCUGCAUCAACCACAAGGACACCUUCCUGCGUAACCCACAGUACAUGUUUGUGGUACCUAAGCCCGAGACGGAGGUAAUGAUAAGCCUGCUUCAGAAGGAUGUGAGGGACCAGAGUGGCCUGAAGGCCAACCAUGGAGCAGCUGCAACGAAAACAGAAGAAACAGGGCUGGGAGAAAACUUCACCAUUGGAUUUUAUGUUAUGAAGGUGGAAGAGAACAGGACUGUUCGUUGUAAUGCCGUUCAGGAGAAGGCAGCGUCCGUUGUCUACACUAAUCGCCGAAGUGUCUUUGACAGGGUCACACUGAAUGCUGGGCGCUAUGUUGUCCUGCCAACAACAUUUGACCCUGCUAAGGAGCGAGAAUUCUUCCUGAGAAUCUUCAGUGAACGCUCUCCUCAUGCAGAGAUGCUGACUGUGGAUGUUCCAAAGCGUAACCCACUUGCUUUCCUUUGCUGCUGCUGCUUUCCCCAGCCAAGAGCUGUGGUGACUGUCCAUCUUGACUCUGCUAAAAGCCUGGAGAAGCAGGACAUUAUAGGAGCAGGAGCGGAUCCCUAUUGCAUUGUUACGGUAGGGAAGCAAAAGGCAGUCACUCCAGUCCAGAAGAACACACUUGAUCCAAACUUUAACAGCAAAGUCAUGUUCUUUAUCAGCAAUCCAGUAGGUGCUGAAGUCACGGUGGAGGUGUGGAACAACAAUGUUGUUAUGGAUCGGUUCAUGGGAAAGAGGACUGCUGCUGUGCCUCGGGAGGGAGAGUCUGGACAAGGUUACACUGGUCGUCUAAUGGGGCGUGGUCGUCAUAGCAACCUGGAGCAACCAGGUACCAUCACUUUUCGAGUGGACUGCUCUGGUGACUUAAGAUCAACCUAAACUGAAGCCUAACUAAAAUAAUCUACAUGACUGUAUGCUAAUAGAAAGUUGUUAUAUCUCAUCAGUUUAUUUUUUGUCUUCACUGAUUAAUUUUUGUUAUUGUGUAAUUUUUGAAUAAAAGCGGGAUACCGACAA